CUCACAACAGCCACAGUGACGACGUGAACAGUGUCUGAACCUUUUUUUUAACCUUGAUUAAGUUAGUAUUCUUAGAUUAAAUAUUUGUUAAUUAAAAUGUGGAUAGCAACAAUACUUGUUCUCUGCAGCUUUGCAGUGGGUGUAACUCCGAGUGGGGUCACCUUCGAGGCGGACAUGCCCUUCCUGAAGAAGCCCCUCUCUGAGAAGGCUGACCUGAAAUGCUGCUACACGGCCGGGAAGAGCUCACCGAAAUUCGUUUGGGUCAAAAGUUUUCUCAAUGUCAAUGAUAAAACCAUCGGCCCCUUCGCUGUGAAUCGUUCAGGCCAUGUGACGAGGGAAGGGACUAAACCUGGGAUACAUUGUGACACCCUGAGCAUGACAUCGGUCCAGCUGAUUGACUCCGGCCUGUACCAGUGUCAGCUGAACGGCAGUAAACUCUACUCUCAUGGCACCUACCUGCAUGUCUACAAACCAAUGGAGAAGACACUGAACCUCAGCGAAAGCACCAAAAACACGAUCCUGAUGUUUGAGGGAGUCCUGCUCUUCCUGUGUGUGCUGUUGCCAUCAGCCGCCCUUUUCUCCAAGUCAAAGAAACUACAUGAACUACAGAAGAAGAAAGCGCAGAGGGAAGAGGAAAACAUAUAUCAGGGGCUCAAUCUGGACGAAUGUUGCGACCAAUACGAUCAGAUCGAGCGGUCCCAGGACCGUGGCCCCUACCAGGACGUGGGCAACAUAAUGGAGGAAGAGGAGGAGAUCCAGCUGGAGAAACCCUGAGGGUAGAAAGGGGAGAGAAAGAGGAGGGGAAGGAAGAAAGAGAAAGUGUGGAAUCUAUUUUCAGAGCUUUUUUUUUAAAGAUAUAGCCUGCAGUUAAACUUAUAACAUCAAACAAGUAUUAUUAUUAACAACAUAUGAUUUAAUCAGCUUUUGACCUCAGAUAUAAAAGUCGCUAAUCAGAGCUUUUCAUGUGGCACAUGAUCUGCCUCAGGGAAUUAACCUUUACUCAACUUUAACAGAGUUUUAGGAUCUACGAUUUCAUCACAUCUGCUGGUGUGAUGAGAGUGAAGGCUGCAGAAUGGAUUCUGAAGGAAGCUUAUGAUGAGGUUUUUUUUAUCAGCUUCUUCUUUAAUGUUUAUAACAAAAAUAAUAGACCGUAUGUAAAGUCUAUAUACAUUCAACUCAAUGCCUUAAUUGGUUGAACGAUAUGGCCAAAAAGGAUCCAGGUAAAACUUGUCAUAUCAGUUGAUAUGGAUAAUUAUCACGAUAUAUGUCACAUUUGUUAUUUCUUGUCAGUUUAAAGUCUGAUUUCUUCUUUAUGGACAGAAAAUAACAUGACAACUGCAAAACAUUUUUACAAACCUGAAGUAAAUCAAUGAUUGUGUCAGACCACAUGUGUUGCAGAAAUGCAGAAACAACAAAUCCUUCCCUCUUGGACUUGUUUUAUAGCUAUAGAUGAAAAUCAUAUUGUGAUAAUUAUUGAUAUUGUUUUGUGUUCAGCUUAUUCCAUGCAUUUUACUCCAUGCAUUUCCACUGUUUAUUUGCUUGUUGCUAUUUGAGAGUGCUCAAAGAAUAAAAUUGUGUGAAAAACAA